CUCCCUUUAACUUGCCGUCGACGCCAUCCCCCAUUCUUUCAACAAGACUGCGACAAGAAGUCUGAUGUUCUUGCAUUGUCAGGGAAGGAAGAAAGAGACGCAAAUCAGCAGGAGCCAUGCAGAUGGACAGACGGCUCCUGAAAGCAGCCACAUCGGGUGACUCGGCGUCGAUGCAGGCCAUGGCUUCGCAGGAUCUAAGCAUUCUUCUCGGAACAACCCCGCAGGGGAACACUUGUCUCCACAUAUCCUCCAUCCAUGGCCACGAGGGGUUCUGCGUGGACGUGAUCGCACUAGAGGAGUCCCUGCUCGCCCAGACCAACCUGGACGGCGAGACGCCGCUUGUCGCCGCCGUGAGAAGCGGCUCCGUGGCCGUGGCUUCCGCCUUGCUCGGACGCUACCGAGUGCGGCGGUUGAGCGAGGCCAUCUUGGAGAAAGACAAGGACGGAUGCAGUGCGCUCCACCAUGCCAUCUGCAGCGGCGACACGGAGCUCGCUCUGGAGCUGAUAGAAGCAGAGCCCGCCCUCUCCAAAGGUGUCAACAACUUCGGCGACCCGCCAAUGUACGUUGCUGCCGCCAGAGAUCUUACUAGCGUUGCCCUGAGACUGUUGGAGAUUGGCGAUUCUGAUCACGGGGGACAGUUCGGCUACAAUGCUCUCCAUUCAGCAGUCAGAAAUGGGAACUCAGUUAUCGUUAAAAGAAUCAUGGCCAAACGUCCUGGGCUGGCCAAAGAAGCUCACAAGCGUGGGUAUACUCCAAUGUGCACGGCCAUGUACCGUGACAAGAUCGACAUGCUACGGCUGCUGCUGGAGCAUGAUCCCGCUCUAGGGUAUGACAUGACGAGCGAUGGUUAUUCUCUCCUUCAGGUUGCUGCACACGCAGGUCAUGUUGCCACUGCACGCGAGCUGCUUAAGCACUGCCCAGAUGCUCCUUGCCGCGGAGCACGCGUUGAGCGUUGGACGUGCCUCCACACAUCCGUAUACUAUGGUCAUCUGGACUUUGUGAAAUUUGUCCUCGCAACGCCACAGCUUGGCAAACUGGUCAACAUGCAGGACAACAAAGGAAGAACUGCUCUGCAUCUCGCUGUGGAGAACUGUGAUCCAAAAGUGGUUGCUGCUUUACUGUCUCAUAAGGAUACACACACACAUGUGAUGAACAACAACGGCACGUCACCAGCUUGGGUAUUGUCAGGAAUCAUGCAUCGUGCCACGACGUUAAACUGGAAUGAAGUGAUGAUGCUUAUGCUGAGAGCUGAUCCCCAAAGUGCCCCUUCAGCUUAUAAUCUUCAUGUGCACACAACACGGCUGUUGACCGAUGCAUCACGGAUGGAUGCAAAGUCACUAACUAAAACAUACACAACCAACACCUCAUUAGUGGCGAUCCUCAUUACAACAAUCACCUUUGCCGCUGCUUUCACCCUCCCCGGAGGAUACAGCAGUGCUACUGGAAGCGAGGGACUUCCCAUCAUGUCUCAAAAGGCUGCAUUCAAGGCAUUCAUAAUCUCUGACACCUUAGCAAUGUGCUCUUCAUUUGUUGUCGCCUUUAUAUGCAUCGUAGCAAGGUGGAAGGAUUAUGAGUUCUUGAUCUAUUACAGAUCCUUCACUAGGAAGCUCAUGUGGUUUGCAUACGUGGCAACAACUACGGCCUUUUCAACUGGUUUAUACACAGUGCUGGCUCAACGUCUCCACUGGCUAUCCAUAUCAAUUUGUGUUUUGGUAGCUUUGUUGCCCAUUCUUACUAAGUUGCUGGGCGAAUGGCCUUACUUGAAGAUCAGAUUCGGCUUAGGUAGAACUUUCAGCUCCGAUCUCCUUGACAUGGUGUGACUGUGAUCUCAUCAAUUUCUCUUAGUGGUUCUGAUUUCUGAUAACAUACUGUAAUUUAUCUGUAAUAGAUAAAAUAUUGCCUGGCUACUUAUAUUGCAUUGCUAAUUUGCUUUGCUGGAAAAUGCAUGUAAGGUUGACUCUUGCUUUCC